AUGUUGCGCUUAUUUGCCGCGCAUGCGGCGCAGCAAUUCCAGCGCCACGCCGCCAAUCGCGCGUUCAGCGCGCUCGCCGCUUCCGCUGCAGGCGGAAUGGGCGGCGUCGCGGCGCGGAGGUGGGGCAGCGUGUGGAAAAAGUGCCGCCCGGAUGCCGCCGCUGCUGCCCCCGGCGCCGCCACGUGCGGCGCACCGUUCGAUUUCACGCAAGCCCCGUAUUCGUCCACUGUUGAUCUCGAUUUCUCGCAGCUCACGCCACUGGCGUUCGCGAGACGCUUCAGCGCCGGUACCGCCGCGUCUGGCGGCAACAUCCCCGUAGAAAGCGCCAAUAAGCCGUCCGAUAAGGCCGCUGCAAGCAGUGGCAUUGGAGGUUCGGACAACGUCUACCUCCAUCACACCAACGUGGGUUCCAACGUGCAAGCCGCCGCGGUUACCGUCGGCCUGAUUCACGCGCUCGAGCCGCUUUGCCCAGGCAUUGGAUAUUUCCGCCCGAUCGACUGCACCACGCACGGCGGAAACCGCGCGGAGCUGAUGCGGAAAAUCUUCCGCCUAUCCUCCCCCGCGCGCGACAUGUACGGCGUUACGCAGGACCGCGCGACGACUCUGCUACACGCGAAUCGCGUGGACGAUCUACUCGAUGACGUGCUGAUGUCAUACGAGCGGUGCCGACGCGAGCACGAUUUUAUGGUGGUGGAGGGGACGUCGUUAAAAGACGGGACUAUCUCGGCGCCCGUUAAUGGGCUGAUUGCGUCCGCGUUAGGAGCGCCUGCGAUACUGUUAACGGACGCGCGAGUUGCUGCUGAGUCCAGCCACCCAAACUUCACCAUGGAGGAGAUCGACUGGGAGGCGGACGCGGCGACUCGCCGGAGCAUGCACCCCGAUUCCCCCCCGAACUUCACCAUGGAGGAAAUCGACUGGGAGGAGGACGCGGCGCAGACUUCAAUACUCGUAGCAGCAACAGUGGUACCACAACCACCACUCGUAGUAACGCCAUUGGUGAACGUCCCUCCUCCCCCCGCGGCGCCCUCCGCUCCCCGCACUCCGCGGCCAUGCGCCCCCGCUCCCCCUCCCCCCCCCCGCUCCGCUCUCCGCUCCGCCCACGGCUCCGCCCACCCCCUCCGCUUCCCCUCCCGCCCCGCCUCCGCCUCCCGGGCAGCCUCCCGGUCCGGGCCGCGCCUGCGUGACUAUAUCGAAGCCCACUCGCGCUCCCAGGCGUAUAUCCGCCCGUCAGAGCAUCACCAGCAUCAGCCAAUCCCGCUCAGUCAGGCGAAAGCUGACAAGCGGGUGGCGGCGGUUGUCUUAUCCGGAGGCACGCCACCGACUCUCACCAUCGACCACAUGAUAAGGUCAACCAACCUGUCCGCCUCGCUCCCGGUCCUCCUCUCCCCCCUCGACCCGCACGUCAUCUGUCUCUCAAUCGCCCGCGCCCACUCCGCCCUCCACGCCUCCUCCCCGGCCAAAAUCCGCCGCGCCCGGGACCUCUUCCAAGAACACGCCGACACGCCCGCCAUCCACCGCAUCCUCUUCCAGGAAGCUUCCUCCGCCCACCCCGCGCACGUCACCCCGCGCGUGUUCGAGUGCGGGAUUUUCUCCAAGGCCCGGGAGGCUCAAUCCCACGUGGUCCUGGCAAAGGGGACCGAGCCAAAGGUGGUGCAAGCGGCGGGGGAGGUCCUGAGAAGAUCGCUUUGCAAGCUGACCCUUCUCGGGAAUCCCGAGGAGGUGCUUUUGCAGGCGAAAAAUCAGUGCGUGGAUUUAUCCGGAGCUAAUAUUCUCGAUCCCGGAGCUAGCCCGGACCUGGAUCGGUACGUGGAGUUGAUUUGCCAGGCACAGCUGGAGCGGGGGGUGACGAUGAGCGUGGAGGAGGCUCGGCGGCUGCUGCUUUCCGACCCUGCGUCGUUUGGUUCGGCGAUGGUUGCUGCGGGGGAGGCGGACGGGAUGGCGGUCGGCGGGAUUCGGCCGAACGGGAACGGGAGGAUUGUGCGGGGGGUGAUCAAGACGCGCCCGGAAAUGCCCGUGGUUUCGGGGGUAGUUUUCAUGUGUCUCCCGGAUAAAGUGCUGGUUUAUGGAGACAGCGCGGAAAACACCCUUCCUCUGAUUGGUUCCAGCUCCACAGCUGUGGCCCCGAGCCUGGGCGCUUCGGCGCCGACCAAUGGGAUCGCCACUGCCGAUCCAACGGCUGAGGAGCUUGCGAUGAUCGCCAUGUCAUCGGCUGACACGGCGGCAGCCUUUGGCGUGGAGCCACGUGUCGCUCUGCUGUCCACACAAGCAAGCCAGCAGGGAGCUGCCCGUGCUGCUCAAGGUGAGGGGAUAAAGGAUAAUGGCUCGAGUUGA